ACCCGAGGCAGCAUCGGAGGCGGACGGUUUUCUUCUCCUGCUCGUUGCAAAAGUUUGUUCUUUCUGUGGCUGUGUGGUGAAGAGAGAGAGAGAGUGUUCUAGCUAGAAGCUGAGUGACUGAUUUGCUGUGUGAAAACAAGGAAAAAUUUAUAGUUUUUUCAUUCGUUCGGUCCGUGCGUUUUCUGUGUUCCCUGUGUAAUAAAAAUCGGAAUUUGUGUGGCCCUGAUAAGGAGCUGAACCCAGCUUCAUCAGCCAGGAUUUUUCCGGAUUUUCGGUAAUAAUUGACGUCGCGAGAGUUUUGUGUGCCUGCUGGGAAAGAACAAGAGUCGAAAAUCAUCCGGAAUUCGAUCCGUCGGAAUCGUCUUUUGCUAAGGGCGCGUCUCGAAAGGAAGAAAUUUCUUCUGGCAAGGACUUUUCCUCCUGCAAAUUGUUGGUGCAAAAACAAAAGUGCGUGUGUGUGUUUGUCGUCGUCGUCUGCGUCGGAACUUCUAGUUAAUUUGUGGUGUGUGCCGCAGGGGAGAAUCCGACACCGAUCCGGGAAAGGAGCUGGAGUGAACCUUGGUCAGUUCUAGGAACCAAUCAGUAACUGUUGUCCGCUGAGGCUGCUGCCGUCGAGACGAGACCGAAAAUUUUUCUGGUUGGAUAACAGCAGCGUAGAAGCGCCGUGUGUGCGUUGCCCUUUCCUCUGGUCCCCUCCCCCCAUACGAAGGAACAUCGUCGUCGUUUCGUCCGAGGAGCAUAAGGACGAUAGGAGGCGAACGGAAAUGCUCAUCAGCUCGAAACCGGUAUAGACUAAAGUGACAAAUUUGGUGCGAAAGUGAAUACGCUGUGGAAGCGUAGACCAAACACUUUUCGACCACCCGGCACCUGACGAAAGGUUGUGAUAAAGCUACUCCCCUAAAUUGAUUCCCGUAUGAACUGGCUCAUAAACGGUCUACCACUCAAAUAUCGUAAUUCCGAUUGUGAUAAUGUGCUGUGAAACGUGCGUCUGAAUCUCCUGUAUCGCGUGUCUCUUACUCUGUCGCGUGGUUCCAUUCAUCCGUCUUAAUCGUGUGAAUAGUCGAAAAUUGUAAAACCGCGAGUGGUCAAAUCCGUGUACUCCCCCACCAUCCCAAAGACUCUUCGAAUUACGUAUGCGUCCGAACAACGUGUACGAUCGGUAUCGCUGGAAAAAGAUGGAACAACCCAUGGAACGGGGGGCUGCUGCGGCCACUGCUGAUGUGGCCGUGGCCAGUGGUCAGAAAAUUCCGGUGCUGACUACGACCGGAGGAGGAGGAGGAGGAGGCGCAGGAGUAACUUCCAGUCCCACACGACCCGGCACCGAUUCGCAGCAAUCGUCGUCACAGUCCUCGCCAUCCGGUGGGGGUGCCACUCAGUCGUCGUCGCCCCAGUCUAGACGGGGCAACAAGAGGAAAAAUUCUUCAGUCAACCUAGCGACAGGCAAUGCAGCAGCCCGAAAGCGUCGCAAGUUGCAGCAGGCACAGCUCAAAAGUGGAGAACCGGCCGGUGGAGCCGAUCAGGGACCCCAGACGAAGAAUACCGUCGCGGUGCUGAACGAGCUGAAGCGGAAUCUGGUGUACAACAUGGAAUCGCAGACCGGCCCGGUGCAUGCGCCCCUCUUCACGAUGUCUGUGGUGGUUGAUGGCCAAAAGUUUAUGGGUCACGGUCGGAGUAAAAAGUUGGCGCGGAUCGAGGCCGCCGCGGCAGCCUUGCGAAGUUUUAUCCAGUUCAAAGACGGUGCCACACUAACCCCGAUCAAACCACUGCAGAACGUGGACUUCACCAGCGACGAUCCGAUGAUCGAGAACAGCAUUUUCCCGCUGUCGGAUCCGCCGGCGCUACCGGAAUCGGUUGUGACAACUCCGGCGGCCACCACUCCGAGCAAGGGAACAAAGCGAUCUUCCGAUGGAGAAUACAAGGAUCGCCAGAACGGACCCAACCACAACAAUAACAAUAAUAAUACCAACAACAACAAUGUGCACUCAACAAACAACAGUAAUUCCCCUUAUCUACCCAGCCCAAAUUCAAAUUUCAGCCAUCAUAACAGUACUACCAAUAGUUACCAUCACCAAACUGCUAUCCAUAACAGUAUUACUAGAAACGCGAGUUACAAUAACAACACCAAUAAUAGCAACAAUCACACACCUCCCGGUUAUUCCGUGUCCUACCCUGGCUCCUAUUUGACCACUAGUGCAACCCAACAACCCCCUGGUCACUUACAUUCCCAUAACAAUCAACACCAACACCACUACAGCUACACCAACAAUGCCCACAAUCACUAUUCGAACUAUCACUACCACCACCAAAAUUACCAAUCGGCGCAAUUGCAACAACAGCAGCCGCGACUGCCUCUACUACCACAAUUACACCACAACCAUAACCAAGUGGUGCCGCAUCAGCAACCAUUAGCGCAGUCCAAUCACUACUACAGCAAGACCGGCAACAGUGUGAAUGCCUUCGCCGUCUCCAACUCCUCUUCCACCCAAAUUGCCAAUCAAACCACCACUACCAACAAUAAAACCACCAAAUUCACCACCACCACCACCACGAACUAUAGCAGUAAUGCCAACAAUAUAUUGGCCGCUGGCCAGCCGCCGGCUUCCACUACUUCCCCUGCUGCUGUCGCGAACAACCUCUCGUACAGUAACAGCAAUAGCAGCAGCUGCAGCAGCGGCAGUGGCUUUGGUCACAACAACGCUAGUGGUAGUGGUAGUGGUAGCAGCCCCUCGUCGAUCGCGAACAGCAACCACGCCCUGAAUAGCAGUAGCAGUGUUGCCGGCGCUGCAGUGACCGCCGUUGGCGCCCAGCAACAAACGCAGCACAACGGCCAUCGACAGGUGGUCGAAAAGAUACAGCAAAGUUUAGAUCUAUUUAAAAAUUCCAAUGAAAAGAAUGUAGCAUGGAAGAAGCGAUUAGAAAAGCUCAAGGCGUCAGCGGUCAACGCUUCACGCAACGUCCCGGCCGGUCAACCGCCGAAGCCGCAACCGGAGAAGGGACCGGUCAUGCUGCUCCACGAGCUGUUCACCGAUGCACACUUCGAAUGCGUCUCGACCGAUGGGCUUCAGCACUCCAAGUUCACCGUGGUGGUGACGGUCGAUAACCAGCGAUUCGAGGGCACCGGCCCGUCGAAGAAGAUGGCGAAGAAUGCUGCGGCCAAGGCGGCCCUUGCGUCCAUGUGCAACAUCUCGUUCAGCCCGCUGCAGCAGGCCAAGUUCGGGGUGAUGAACACGGCGGCCGGGAUGAUGGGGGCGGGUGCUGGCGGAGGCGGCGUUGGCCCAGGGGGACUCGGCAUGAACGGGGACACGGGCGGGGGCUGCUACGAUCAGCAGAAGAACGUCGAACUGCCGCAGACGUUUGCCGACGCGGUCGGAAAAUUGGUCAUCGAGAAGUUCAACGAAGUCAUGAAGGGCAACGAUGUCUACUCCAGACGGAAGGUUUUGGCCGGAAUCGUAAUGACCCAGGGAUACGACGCCAAAUCAGCUAAGGUCAUCUCGCUGGCCACGGGUACGAAGUGUGUGAGUGGUGAGCACAUGAGCGUCACCGGAUCGGUCAUCAACGAUUCCCACGCGGAAAUCAUCGCCCGCCGAGGGCUGCUGGACUUUUUCUACACCCAGCUGGAUCUACACUGCCGACGGGCGGCCGGCAAGACCAACAGCAGCAGUACGCCACAGAUGAUGAAUGGAAAUGGACUCGACGAUUCGGAACAGCCACCAGAGUCCAGCAUCUUUGUUGCUCCGACGGACGGAACAUCGCUGUACAAACUGAAGGACGGAAUCCACUUCCACCUGUACAUCAACACCGCUCCCUGCGGAGAUGCGCGAGUGUUCAGUCCGCACGAGAACGACAACAUGGACGUGGACAAGCACCCGAAUCGGAAAGCUCGCGGCCAGCUGCGCACCAAGGUGGAAUCGGGCGAAGGGACGAUACCGGUCAAGAGCAGCGAGGGCAUUCAGACGUGGGAUGGUGUCCUGCAGGGGCAGCGUCUGCUGACGAUGUCCUGCUCGGACAAAAUAUCACGCUGGAACGUACUCGGCUUGCAAGGAUCGCUGCUCGCGUCCGUGAUCGAGCCGAUCUAUCUGCACUCGAUCGUGCUGGGCAGCUUGCUGCAUCCGGCGCACAUGUACCGAGCCAUAUGUGGUCGUAUCGAGAACUCGAUCCAAGGUCUACCACCGCCAUACAGGUUGAACAAGCCGAAACUGGCGCUGAUGACGUCGGCCGAAUCGCGCAACCAGACCAAACCGCCAAACUUCAGCAUCAACUGGCUGGUCGGCUGUCCGGAUGUGGAGAUCGUCAACUCCUUCACCGGAAAGCUGAUCAACAACAACACCAAUACCAACAAGAUGUCCCGGCUGUCGAAGCAAUCGUUCUAUCGGCGGUUCGCGGCCGUUAUCGAGAGGCUUCCGCAUGCGCGCUUCCACGAGAUCAAGCCCAGCUACGGCGAAACGAAAAUGUGCGUUCCGGAGUAUCAGCAGGCUAAGAAGGAACUGUUUGCCGCGUUCAGCAAGGAAGAUCUGGGCGACUGGCUGAAGAAACCGAUCGAGCAGGAUCAGUUUACGCUGAUGGCCCCGAAACUGGAGGAACUGGCCGCGUCAACGGCGGCGUCGACCGCCUCCACCCCGGUCAACAAUGGCUCCAGCAGCAAUGGUUCCGGACCGGUUUCGGGCGGUAAAUGACACCAGGGGAAACACUCCGGUAAGCAUCAGCAACACCAGAAUGGGGGCGGAUUGUCCUCGUCCUCCAGUGCAAGGCUGUUUUGAAAGCGCCCGCUUCAGGGCGGCGUCCGGGAGUCCAAUUAGGAUGCUCUUGAAGAGCAAAAGAAGAGAAAAGCAUGUGAAAUUAAGGUAGCUUUAAGUCCAAGUGGUAGAAUUUCGUCAUUUCGUACCUUAUCGAAACUGUGUAGUGUGAAGCGGUUUAGGCGUUACUUGUUUGUAUUUUAACCGUUUUUUUUUCUGUAGGCUCUAAGUUGAAAGUAGCGAACACCAUUGAUUUUAUGUUUAGACAUUGAUUUUAUCUCCAUACUUUUAAGCGGUAGCACGCUUCACAUGUGCUACCAAUCGGAUAAGAGUUGAUCAGUCUGAUGUGAUUCCGACGGGAGUUUAAGUUGUAAAAACUUCACAUUACUUUUGAUAGCAUGAAAUAUAAGACACUGUGCUGCCUACGCCGUUUUCAUCA